UGCUCCCCUCUGUUACAUUAUUGCGCUCUCUCUCUCUCUCUCUCUGUCUCUCUCUCUCUCUGGUUGUUAACAUAGAAGUAGUAGAAGGAAGAAGAAGCUCAAAAAAAGAAGGAAUAGCCGGAGUUUCUAUGGAAGUUGGCCGGAAAAUGUCCAACUUGCUCGGAGAAGAGCGAGAUGGGUAUAGCUUGAAUCUCAAGGAGACUGAGCUCUGCCUUGGCUUGCCUGGUGGAGGCGGAGGAGCUGAGGCGGAGAUGGUGAAGAUCACUGGAAAGAGAGGCUUCUCCGAGACUGUUGAUCUGAAACUCAACCUUAUUCAACCUAAUAAUCAAUCAGUUGUGGAUCUGAAGGAGAAGAUGAAGAACAGUCCACCAAAGGAGAAGAUGAACCUCCUUCCCCCCUGCACUAAGGAUCCGGCUAAGCCACCCGCCAAGGCACAGGUGGUGGGUUGGCCGCCAGUUAGGUCAUUCCGGAAGAACAUAAUGUCUCAGAAGAGCACCACCGAGGAGAUAGAGAAGACUAGCAGGAGCAGUGGUGGCGGUGUAGCAUUUGUGAAGGUUUCCAUGGAUGGCGCACCUUACCUUCGUAAGGUGGAUCUGAAGAUGUACAAGAGCUACCAAGAACUUUCUGAUGCCUUGGCCAAGAUGUUUAGUUCCUUCACCAUGGGUAACUAUGGGGCCCAAGGAAUGAUAGAUUUCAUGAAUGAGAGCAAGUUGAUGAAUCUGUUGCACAGCUCCGAGUAUGUGCCCACCUAUGAAGAUAAGGAUGGAGACUGGAUGCUCGUGGGGGAUGUCCCAUGGAAGAUGUUUGUUGAUUCAUGCAAACGUCUUCGCGUAAUGAAAGGAUCUGAAGCAAUUGGACUUGCACCAAGAGCCAUGGAGAAAUGCAAGAGCAGGUGCUGAACAGUACCACAAUUGCCUGCUCUUCCUGAAUGUAGCACACUUGCACAAGGUGGAUCAAGCAAGGUGUUGUUUGGAUGUGUCUGUAAUAAUAUUUUGAUUUCAUAGUAUAUAAUAUAAUAUAAUGUAUAUCUGAAAGAUCUGAACAUUUAAUCGACAAGAAGCAAUAGGACAUGUCUGGCUUGUUUAUUAAUUAUGUCCUGUUAAUUUUUAUUUUUUUUUUUGUAAUGUUGUCUUUGCUGGCACAAUUGUUGGUGUGUGUGUGU